AUGGCCCCAAACACUUCCAGAAAGCAAAAGAUUGCCAAGACCUUUACCGUCGACGUCUCUUCUCCAACUGAAAACGGUGUCUUUGACCCGGCUUCCUACGCUAAGUACUUGAUCGACCAUAUCAAGGUCGAAGGUGCUGUCGGCAACUUGGGUAACGCUGUCACCGUCACUGAAGAUGGUACCGUUGUUACUGUUGUUUCCACUGCUAAGUUCUCCGGUAAGUACUUGAAGUACCUAACCAAGAAGUACUUGAAGAAGAACCAAUUGAGAGACUGGAUCAGAUUCGUCUCUAUCAAGACCAACGAAUACAGAUUGGCCUUCUACCAAGUCACUCCAGAAGAGGAAGACGAAGAAGAAGACGAAGAAUAA